CAAUUCUCCUCUUACUUUUGAAAGGAAUAUAAUCUACCCAAUAAUUCAAAUUAUAAUUGCCAUAAAGAAUCAAUUUCGUCUAUUGAAAAUGUAAAUCUUAUCUUCGCUGCGUCACCACUACCUAAUUGGACAAAAUAAUUCACUGAUAUUUUACCCAUCGGGGCUAUAAAUAGAGACCCUUUAGAUCCUAUAGUUUAUCAUCAAAGCAACAACACCCAUAAAAGAGUGAUUAAAUUUAAUAGAAAAGAAAGAGAUCAAAGAUGGCAGGAAUCAUCAACAAGAUCGGAGAUGCUCUCCACAUCGGAGGAGGCAACAAGGAAGAUGAGCACAAGAAGGAGGAACACAAGAAACACGCCGACGAGCACAAGAGUGGUGAGCACAAGGAGGGUAUCGUUGAUAAGAUCAAAGACAAGAUCCACGGCGGAGAAGGCCACAGCAGCGGAGACCACAAACAUGACGGUGAGAAGAAAAAGAAGAAGGACAAGAAGGAGAAGAAACAUCAUGAUGAUGGUCACCACAGCAGCAGCAGUGACAGCGACAGCGAUUAAGGUAAGGAGGACGUGAGGAGGACUAUUAAUGCUGCUGUUGUCUGUUCCUAUCAUCUCACUCUUGACAGAGAGGGGUAAAUGAAAAGAGAAGAGUGCAUCUGUCUUCCUUUGUUAUCUAAUUUUCUUUUAAUUGUCAUUUUCUUCUCUUAUGUUUUAUGUUCUCUUGUCAGAAAAAAUAAACCUCAUGUAUCGUAAUCUAUAUUAAUAAAAUCGAGUUUCCUAACUUUA